AUGCUCCUCCUCCCUACAACAACCGAACCCAUUUUCCUCCGUCCGAGGAUUCAUCAUCUUUCAAUCGCUCCACUCACAGACCACGUGGCCGAGGCGGUUACGGUUAUGGUCCUCCACGUCAUUUCCCUCGACCCGAACAACAACAACCGCCGCGGAACUUCAACUACAACCACGAUCCUCCUCAUCGGAACAAUCGCCCUCCGGUUGAGCCCCGCAUUGAGCCAGAAAACGGCGUUGUUUUGUUUUCCGAUUAUAUCUGGGAUUAUGAAAGAUCGUUUAGGUUCUGGGUUGUCGGCUAUGCCACAUGGCGGUGGUUCCGAUGUUGCGUACCCCACUGCACUCAUCUUGUCUCCAACUAGGGAGUUAUCAUGCCAGAUACAUGCUGAAGCAAACAAGUUUGCUUAUCAAACAGGAGUGAAGAUUGCGGUUGCUUACGGGGGUGCUCCUAUUGGUCAACAGCUACGUGUUUUGGAGAGAGGUGUUGAUAUUUUGGUUGCAACUCCUGGGCGUUUGGUGGAUAUGAUUGAAAGAGAAAGGGUUUCUUUGAAGAAGAUUAAGUAUCUUGCUUUGGAUGAGGCUGAUCGGAUGCUGGACAUGGGUUUUGAGCAUCAGAUUCGCAACAUUGUUCAGCAGAUGAACAUGCCUGCUCCGGGAGCUAGACAGACUUUGCUUUUCAGUGCCACCUUUCCUGAUAAUAUACAGAAGCUUGCAUCUGAUUUUUUGUCAAACUAUGUGUUCCUGGCUGUUGGAAGGGUUGGUUCAAGCACUGAAUUGAUUGUACAGAAAAUUGAAUCGGUUCAGGAUAUGGAGAAAAGGAAUCGUCUUGUGGAUCUUCUCCGACGCAAUGUAGUCAAUGGGAAGCUUGCUUUAUCUCUUAUAUUUGUUGAAACAAAGAAAGGAGCAGAUGCUUUAGAAAGUUGGCUAUGCAGAAGUGGUUUUCCAGCUAUUGCAAUACAUGGUGACAAGGUUCAAAUGUUAUACUUGAAAGUAGCUACUGUUGCAGUGACAAAACAAGAAUGCACGUCGGACCACGUCUUACCAAUUGAAAAUUCUGCGGAUGGAAGCAUCCAUCGCAAUUAUGAUACAUUAUGUUUCCUAUUCAAACACGCUGAAUAA